AUGCAGGUUACAAUCGCACCAGCAAGUAACAAAACGAGCACAGCAGCCAUUCGCUCGCUGUUAUCGCAAAACCCCAAGGCCCAAGUCACAGGCUUGUACCGUGAUCUGAAGAAAGUCCCCGAUGAGUUCAGCUCUGCCGGCAAUUUCACGGCGGUUCAAGGUGACGUUGGAGAUGUGAAUACCCUAGACUUCUCCGGCUCUGAUGCCGUUUUGAUGGUCCUUCCGCCUGCCUACGACGGUCGCGACAUCGUCGAGCAUGCGAAGAGAAUCUCCAAUAAUGUCAAAACCGCGAUUGAGAGGGCUGGUAGUGUGGGGAGACUUGUUUUGCUGUCGAGUGUCGGUGCGGAAUUCUCGGAGGACGUGGGUGAGCUCAAAACAAACCACAUCUCGGAACAAGUUUUAAAAACCACGGACAUCCCUGAAGUCAUUAUCAUCAGAUGUUCCUACUUUAUGGAAAAUUGGACCAUGUCCGUUGAGACACUCAAAGGCCCAAACCCCUUCUUCUUCUCGACCAUCACGCCACUCGACUUCAACAUCGCCAUGGUCGCUAUCAAGGACAUAGGUGAAGCGUUGGCUACGCAACUCACCCGCGACUGGACACCUCCCAGCAAACCAUGUAUCCUGGAACUCCGCGGACCAGAGCCGUAUUCUCCACUGGACGUACAGAAGGCAUUUUCGCGGGCGUUGGGUAAGAACGUUGAGAUCAAGGCUGUUGAGAAAGAAGACCUUGCAGAGUUUUAUGGCAAGAUUUUCGCGCCACAAAUCGUGAAUGAUUGGGUUGAGAUGAGUACAUGCUUUUUGCCGGGCGGUAUUGCGGAGAAGGACCUUUCGAAGCCGAGUGAUGUUGAUGUUAUUUAUGGGAGGACGACUUUGACUGAGGCACUGCGAGAAGCGACAGCUGAGUUGAGGAAGUAG